AGCUGUAUCACACACUGUAUAAAUAGACGGAUCACUAAGGAAAUGAACAUUGGACACUUUCAAAGAGAAAGACAUGGACAACCACUUUAUUCUGUGUCUUAUAUUAUUACUCUCAAUAUGUGGGUCCAAAAGUGAUUUGAGCGAACUGCAGGAAUGCCUUGACGAUCCUGAAUAUGAAGAGUUGCUGGAUAUUGCCAAUAAUGGAUUGCACAGAAACAAGUCUCCUAAACGGAAACACAUUGUGGUGGUUGGUGCAGGCAUGGCUGGCCUUUCUGCAGCCAAAGUUCUACUUGAGGCUGGCCACAGAGUGACGGUGCUGGAAGCAAGCAAUCGUGUAGGCGGUCGGGUUUUGACAUACAGAGACCCAGAGGGCUGGUUUGCUGAGCUUGGACCUAUGCGUCUGCCCACUCUACACAGAAUUGUACGUGCAUACAUCCAAAAGCUUGGACUGCAACUAAACCCAUUUAUUAGUUCCAACCCUGACAAUUUUUACAUGUUUAAUAACAUAAGGAAAACUCAGAGGGAUGUUAAUAACAACCCAAAUCAGUUUAAUUUUGAGCUGUCGGAGUCAGAAGAAAUGAAAAACAUUAGCACACUGUAUGGAGAAUCAGUACAAAAGCUUCUUAAUGAAAUGAAUGGAAAGGAAUGCUCAGAUAUAUUGGAUGCCUUUGAUAGAGCUUCCAUGAAGUCUUACCUGGUGGAAGAAGCAGCUCUUAGCAGGGGAGCAGUUCAAAUGAUUGGGAAUUACAUGAAUAUGAAGGGAGAGUUCUACAUCUCUUUCCUGGAAUCUGUGAUUGGCGAGACCUAUUUCGGCAACAGCAGGCUUGAGGAGAUCACAGGAGGUUUUGACCAGUUGCCGUUGGCAUUGUACAAGAGUAUUAAAGAAGUUGUCUACUUAAAUUCUACAGUGGAAAAGGUAAUUAAGAGGCAGCGAUCUGUUAUUGUGCAGUACCGCAAAAAUAAGUUGUCUGGACUUGCAAGCCUUGAGGCCGACUAUAUUAUCAUCACCUCAACUGCAAAAGCCACCAUGCGCAUUCAGUUUCUGCCCCCUCUAAGCCCCAAAAAGAGCAAUGCACUCAGUUCUGUUCAUUACACGAGUGCUACAAAGAUUAUAUUAGCUUGCAAUGAAAGAUUCUGGGAGGAGGACGGGAUAUUUGGAGGAAGAUCUUCUACUGAUCGUCCAAUCCGUUAUGUCUUUUACCCAAGCCACAAUUUCACUAGUGGGAAGGGCAUCCUGCUGGCUUCCUACACACUGGGAGAUGACUCCAUGUUCUUCGCAGCCCUCAGUGAUGAGCAAUGUGCUGAUGUGGUUUUUAAUGAUUUAGCUGCCCUCCACAAAAAGCCAAAAGAAGAACUCCAAAGGGCCUGCCCAAAGAUUGUGGUGAAGAAGUGGUCCCUGGAUCCUUACUCUAUGGGGGCUUUUGUCCAUUUCACCCCUUACCAGUUUGGUGAUAUUUAUGAACAUUUAGCAAUGCCUGAAGGAAGAAUAUAUUUUGCAGGUGAAUCCACAUCUUUUCCUCAUGGCUGGAUUGACACAGCAAUAAAAAGUGGUUUGAAAGCAGCAAGAGAUAUCCACAGGGAGGCCACAAUGUGGUAUCAUAAAUAGUGUUAUGGUGUAUGGCAGAGGUUUUAAGAUGUUUUGGCCUAAAGGUCCUCCUUUAUGCCACCCCCCUCUUAGCUAACAGCAAAGUUAAAAAUAUGCCAUUAACUGAAAAAGACAUUCACUUAGGGAUAUAAGCAUUCACCCUUGUGAUUCACCCUAAAUGGCUUCCAUGCUGCCUUCCCUUUUUCCACUGUAGUUCUACACCACUGGUGUAAGGUUCUCUUUCACAAUAUUUUGAGGCACGGUUAUCCGUGUAAGCACCAAGUAUUCAGGACUGAUUAUCUGUUCCGAAUAAUUUCAAAUCCACUGGUUUUAUGAUCACAUUGGCCAUUGCUCAUUGGCCAAAUAGAGUCAAAUUGAUUGCACGUAAUCUCAAAGUGAUCAUGUCAUUCAGCCUUUUGCUGAGAUACUCUCAUUGGCCUAUGAUCUGUCAGGUCAGCCAAAGGGCCAGAUUUGCCCAAACUGAGUCAUUUUAAAGUCUUUUUCAAGCUGGGGUUUAAAGUAUGAUUUGCAAUGAGAUUGAAUCCAACAACCCAGCUGAGACUCAAACCCAAAAUGGCUCAAGUGGUAAAUAUAUAGAUAUAUAAUACACAAAAGCCAUGAAUAUCCUGUAAAUGAUAUCCUUAUAAACCGUGCUUAGUGAUGUCAUCAGUUAUAAUUGGUUCUUAGAGAUGUCAUUUCUGUCACAUGACUCACUAAAACUUUUGUAUUAUAAUAAAUAAAGUACCCCCUGUUGAAAAGUAAGAAGUCACCUUAGAGUUCCAUGACCUGUAUAAAAGCACAGGGUACUUUAUUUACUCUAUAUAUAUAUAACAUGUUCAUGGGCAAGAGUGAAAUGAUAUGGAAAUAGAACCAAAGGAAUUCUACCUCUGUCUGAUGAUUCAGCACUAAAUGCUUGCAGUGUUCAGGCAGCUUCAAAGGUGCCCAAUCAAAAUUUUCCCUCCGAUCCAAUCAACAAGAUGACUGAUAUCCAAUGCCUUUGCCGAUAUCGGUUGCCUUGUAUCUCACCAUACAAGCACCUUUUAUUGUACAAGUAUACGUUUCCUACAAUAAUAUUGGUGCAUGUAUAACAACCUAUAGGCAGCCCUGACACAGGCCGUAAGGAUUUAUAAUUUAGGUGUUAGAUUCUGAAUUAUUCUGAACCCACGCCUAAAUCUGUAGUCUCAAAUAGGUUGUAUGAAUUUGGAAUUAUAAAGAAACUGUGGGCUUUAUGGGAAAGCAAAGUAUUUCUUGUGUUUUUCUCAACCUGUAUGAAUUAUUCUUUUUUUACUCCUGAAAGUGUACAGUUUAUAUGGCAAGCCCAAUCACUUGGAUACUUUAGAAGAAUGUUUACUAGUUUUGACUAGUUUCUGCCAUGCUAUGUCAUACCCCCCAACUGUCCCGCUUUAAGCGGGACAGUCCCGCUUUCUAUAG